GGCGCCGUUUCAAUUUUGUUCUCUAGCUUCGUUUGCGCGGCUGUUUCAUUUGAGACUAACCUAUCAUCAAUAAUAAUGUCUGCGGAUUUUGUGGCGUGUUCUAAUAAUGUCGAUUCACACGAUUCUGUUCCCGAAACUGACACAGAAAUUGCAGAAGCAGAUUUAGAAGAAAAACAACGACUGAUUAGUCAAAUUUUAGAACUUCAGCAUACCCUUGAAGAUUUGUCAACACGUGUAGAUGCUGUGAAAGAGGAGAAUCUGAAACUACGCUCAGAAAAUCAGAUAUUAGGCCAGUAUAUUGAAAAUAUGAUGGCUAAUUCAUCAGUUUUCCAGUCGACUUCACCACUGUCCGAUGGGAACAGGUCACGUACAAAUAAAAAGUUAAGAGAUGACUAAGUGAAAUGUGGAAAAAAGAAAGCCAGAUUAAACAGAAAACUUUAAAAGUUUAUACAUACAUCACAUUACUUCUGCAGUCAGUAUUAUUUAAUAAUUUAAUAAUAUUUGUUUCAUAUUUUGCUUGUCUGCUAUACCUGUUGGGAAUUUCAGCAGCCAGUCAGUAUACAAGGCAUCAAAGCCAACAAUAAUAAUAAUAAUAAUAAUAAUAAUAAUAAUA